UUCACAAAACAAGCUCGCAUUUUUAUUCCCUUCAACCUCCCGCUCGCUAGGGUUUUGUACCGCCGCCGCCGCAGGAGACCCGAUUUGGAACCAACCCGGCGGCCGCGCGACGAGGAGGAGGAGGAGAGGCGAGCUCGGUCGAGGUCGAGGUCGAGAGAGAGAUGAGGCUCCUGACGCACAACAUGCUGGCGUCGAACGCGCGGGGCGCGGUCACCGGCUACCCGCUGAAGCUGCAGGUGGUGAAGUGGUCGACCAAGGAGGCGGAGCCCAACGCCGACUUCCUCCGCGGCAUGCUCCCCAAGAUCGACUGGGCCGCGCUCGUCGCCGCCACCCAGGCCCUCGGCCUCCCGGAGCUCCUCCCCGGGGCGCCGCCUACCGACGCCGAGCUCUCCGCCGAGGGCGCCGCCGAGGACGAGGGCAGCGUGCUCCGCCGCCUCCACCGUGCGCUCCUCGAGAUCCACAUCGAGGAGGGCACCCUCGUCUGCCCCGACACCGAGCGCUGCUUCCCCAUAUCCAGGGGCGUCCCCAACAUGCUCCUCCACGAGGACGAGUUUGUUCCUGAUAUGUUUUUCUCGGUACUUCUGGUUGGAGACUUGAAACCGUGUGUACUGCAAAAUAAUUGGAUACGGUACCGUAGCCAGGCCAACUCGUUCAUGGAUGAUCUCAUUCACGGAUGGCCGACAUGUGAUUGAUGCAAGCCAAAAAAAAAAUGUUUUUGAGCAGUAUAAGGUCUCAAUGGGAAUUUCAUAGACAAUAAAUAGGGUGUCAUAUAGACAUUUUUGAUGAUGUGACAAAGUACUAAUGAAGAGAGAGAUGAAGGGAUAAAACCUUCUAUGCAAUGUUACCUAGACAGCUUGUGUCAUGUAACCUAAGAAACAACAAUAGAUGAAACUAUACAUUGAGAGAGAGGUGUUUUAUCUUAGUUUCAAACUUUUAAGAUGACAUGUCACUUUAUUAAUCGUGUCCAUGAAACUUGCAUUUUGCAUUGAGGA